GUGGCUGUAGUUGUAUCGUCUUCUUGUGUCUCUUACAACUUCUUAGUUUUAGCUGUUAAAGUGAAAUCAAUAAAAUUCAGAAAGCAGCCCACAACUGCGAUAUGGCAUCCGCCGCGACUACCCGAGCACCGCGGAAGGAUGAUACCAACUAUAAGUUACAUUUCCGAAUGAUAAACGAGCAACAAGUGGAUGAUAUCUGUAUUGACUACUUCUAUAAGCCACACACCAUUACACUGCUGACAGUUACUGUGCUCAGCUUGAUGUACUUUGCUUUUACCAGGGAUGAUGAGCACUCAGACAACAAUCUCCGAGUUGGCCUUAUAGUAGUUGUUUCCUUCUUCUUGGUCAUCAGUGUCCUGGCCUUUCCUAAUGGACCUUUUACCAGGCCACACCCUGCAAUAUGGCGAAUGGUGUUUGGUCUCAGUGUACUCUACUUCCUGUUUCUGGUCUUCCUCAUCUUCCUCAACUGGGACCAAGUGAAGACUCUUCUGUACUGGCUGGACCCAAAUCUGCGAUAUGCCAAACGGGAAGCUGAUGUUAUGGAAUAUGCAGUGAACUGUACAGUGAUAACGUGGGAGCGCAUCCUGAGCCACUUCGACAUCUUUGCAUUCGGCCACUUUGCAGGCUGGGCCAUGAAGGCUCUGCUCAUCCGCAGCUACGGCCUCUGUUGGACCAUCAGCAUCACCUGGGAACUCACUGAGCUGUUUUUCAUGCACCUUCUGCCAAACUUUGCUGAGUGCUGGUGGGAUCAGGUGAUACUGGACAUACUUUUGUGUAACGGAGGAGGCAUUUGGCUGGGUAUGACCGUCUGCCGGUUUUUGGAGAUGAGGACGUACCGCUGGGCUAGUAUCAAGGAAAUCCACACCACCACUGGAAAAAUAAAGCGAGCUGUCCUCCAGUUCACCCCAGCUAGCUGGACGUAUGUGCGCUGGUUUGAUCCAAUGUCAUCCUUCCAGAGGCUAGCAGGGAUCUACCUCUUCAUGAUCUUAUGGCAGCUGACAGAGCUGAACACAUUCUUCCUCAAGCACAUCUUCGUCUUCCAGGCAUCUCACCCACUCAGCUGGUGCCGUAUCCUCCUUGUUGGAGUCAUCACUGCGCCCACUGUACGGCAAUAUUAUGCAUACCUGACAGACACUCAGUGUAAACGAGUUGGCACACAGUGUUGGGUGUUUGGAGCCAUUGCUUUCCUGGAGGCUCUUGCUUGUGUGAAAUUUGGGCACGACUUGUUUUCCAAGACACAAAUUCGCUAUGUACUCCUCUGGCUGCUCUGUCUGGCACUCAUCACACUUCUGUGUUUAUAUGGGAUGGUGUGGUAUGAGCAAAAUAAAAUGAAGAGCAUUUCUGUGCAAAGUGAGGACUGUGAUGACAGCAGUGUUGUCGACUCAUGUGGUUUCGUCCCAGAUGGUGUUACAGGUCAGAGCGCGUCCUUGAGAAGUUCACAGCCUACUAAACGGAAGAGAGCCUCUGGGAGGAACAGAUUUGUGAAUGGCCAUGGAGGAAAGAGACAAUAAAUAACACUAAUGCUGAGUCUUCACAUCCUCUAUGAAGGAGAUAAGUGAUGGAUUGACUCAAUCUCUCAUCUCCUAGAAGGUAGCCAACAAUAGGAGAUACAUUAUGCAAUUAAUUUGAAUUGUUGUGGUUAGAUUUGCAUCAAAGGUUGAAUGAAUCUUAGAGACCAGAAGGGAGACUCCAAAACAUAUGACAAAAAGCCUUGAUAUGCUAUUGCAACUUAUCAAGUUAUAAUGGCUGUGGGAGUCAGAGGCAGAACACAACAGCGAGCUGAAAGCUUGACAGACCUGCAGGGGUGGGGAUUCUCUGUGGAAUCUGCAGUACUAGCAAACCUUAUACGACAAGGGCAAAUUUGAUAGAUAUAUGAAGAUAUUUCUAAAUAUGCACUGGGAUAUACACUGGAUUUUGAAAGAGAAGAUUUAUUUGGACUAUAAACACUAGCAUGCCAGCCUCAACAUCACCUACGCUCAACAUUUUCUUCUUAAUUUUAUCUUGAAUUGGUGAAUAUUGUUUCAAUGUUUUGCACUGUGGGACAUGUACGUACCUGUAUGUCCGGUCACGGAUGUGCCAGCUUUAUCAGUGUGGUCUGGUUUGCAAACCAGUCCACACCAUCACCUUGAGUUUAUAUAUGCUAUAGGCACUUGGACUUGUUUGCACCUAAUCUUUUUGAUGGUUCUGUUUUUUAAUAUUCCCGUGUAUUUUUUAGCUUUACUAGAAAAACUAAAGACCAAGAUGAUUAUACUGUAUGUUAACUCUGCUGAUUUGAUGUAUUUGUGUUGAUAUAAAAAAUGCCAAAAGUGACCACAUUCUGCACUAGAAAAAACAGUAAAUUACUAGUGUAUAUUGUACUUUCUGCUUUUCCUUAAUCAAAAUAGCAUUAUCAAGAAAAAUAUUUUUUCUGCUUCAUUUGAGAGGAACAACCAAGUGCUACUGAACCAUCUAUAGCCUUUACGUCUUUUACAUUCUUACCCUUUUAAGCUUUCAUCAGUUUGAUUAUUGGAACUGUUCAGAUGGAUGCUAUUUUUGCAAUUUUGUGUUUCUGAUUUGGGAGAGAAGAAAGCAGUGUGUGUGUGUGUGUAUGGUGUACCGACAUAAAACUGUGACAUUCGAUUCAAUAGCACUGUGGUGACAUUCAACUGCAGAGGAUAAUCAUGUGUGUGAAAUUAUCCUUUUCAGGGGCAGUAUUUUUGAGGUUUUUUUUGUGACUUUUGUUUUAGUGAUCCAAAUUAAUAAAAUGUGAUGUUAAUAUAACAGUAAUGUAAAUAAGUGACUGGCCCAUAUAAGCUGUUCUUAAUGUCAUUGAAUGAUGUACUAUAGUUUCAUGUUUAGUGUUACAAUGUGUUUUACAACAUCCCAUCAGUUUGACCAAUGCUAUUAAGUUAAUGUCUGCUUACUGAAUUUGUAUUGACAUAAUUUGAAUGAAACUUUCUUAAGCCUGUUGCAGUAAUUCCAAUGUUUUGAGUAUCUACAAUGCAUUAAUUGUCAGGCCACACUGUGUUUAAUAUAAAAUGUCUAAAAUUUGUUAUUUGUAACCUCCAAUGCACUACUUGGUUUUACAGACACUUGUUUUUACAUGGUUGGGUUUGGUUGUUUUUGUACACAUUAUUAAAUGACCACA